AUGUCUGAUUAUUUCAGUGUAAAGCCUCCUGGCAGUGCUGCUGAUAGUGGUUCAUCCACUCCGUCUCAGUUGAAACCUAACUAUAAUAGGACUUCGUCCAGAGGCAUGGGGGAUGACGCUUCUUCUAUUCAUUCUAGUAACUCUCAAUAUCUUAUGGAUGCUCUCCCCGAUAAUUUAACUCUGAAAGAUAAUGUAACUUAUUCACAUAUUAACACUAAGGAUUACAUUUUGCCAAAGACUGAUGAGAAAUCGCCUUAUUAUGUUGGUGUUCCUAUUCCAAACCCUCUACCUUCUCCAGGUAUCGCUAAUGAAAGUACUCCGUCUGUGGAUGCAUCCACCGCCCCCUCUGAAGGAGAAUCAGAAGCUUAUUUGGUCAGAGAGUAUCCUACAGAUAUUCUGGCUGAUAGAUUUUAUAAAUGGAGAAAGAUCUUAAAGGCUCUGAUUGCAUACUUGAGAGAAGUUGCCUAUGCUCAGGAACAAUUUGCAAGAGUUAACCAUCAUUUGAAAAGCUCAGUCAAAUUCUCCUUUUUAACUGAUAUCCAAGAUGGUUCCAAUAAACUUUACGACCCAUUAUUAUCUACAAAGAAUCAACAACCACUAACGAGAGCUCAACAGAAAUUAAAAGAACAAGAAAUGGAAAACGGUAUUGGUCUAUUAGAUGCUGAAAACCCUAUUUUCAAUAACACUCAUUACAAGGAAAAUAAAAAUCGCAGCAGUACUGCUGCAUCAGGUUUCAUGAAUUUUGGAACCGGUUCCAUUCAAGAUAUUCAAGUUAUAUUAAAGAAACAUCAUUUAGCACAGGCAAAUCAACAAUUUAAAGUAUCAAAAGAAAUCGUUAACUCAUUAAUUCCCAACUUGGAAAAUUUACGUAAAGAUUUACAGUUCAAAAUUAAAGACAUUAAAGAUCUUCACAACGAUUUCAGAACAAACAUCAAUGCACACAUCAAAUUAACAGGUCAGUUAUUGAACAAAUACAUCGGAUCAAUCAAAUAUAUGAAUACUCAUGACUCAUUAAACAAUUUACAACCAAAACAUGACCCUUAUUUGUUAAAGUUACAACUGGAUUUACAAUUGAAAAGACAGACAGCUGAAGAAAACUAUUUACAAGAAGCUUUCGUAAAUUUACAGACAUCAGGGUUAAAACUAGAAAAGAUCGUUUAUUCAAAGAUUCAGAACUGUUUACAACGUUAUUCUGCUUUAAUUGAUUCAGAAGCUCGUUUGAUGAUCAAAAAUGUCUGUCAAGAACUACAACAUGGUAUAUUAUCAAAACCUCCAGCAAUGGAAUGGGAUAAUUUUGUAUCCCACCAUCCAUUAUGUUUAAUCAAUUGGAAAUCAAAUGAUCCAAUGCCAAACCCAAGAAAAAUUUCAGAUAUUGUUUAUCCAAAUAUGAAGUCCCCUAUAGCAAAAUGUAUUAGAGCAGGUUAUUUUAUCAAAAAAUCUAAUUUUGCUAAAGAGUAUAACAAGGGAUAUUUUGUUUUGACGCCAAAUUUUCUUCAUGAGUUCAAGACUAGCGAUUUCUUUAAUAUGGGUUCUAAGAACACUUCAACGUCUACUACUAAUAUGACCGAUGUCAGUUCUUUAAGCGUAGCAACUCCUUCUACCUCCUCAUCAACAGUCAACCUUAUCCACAACCCUCAUCACCAUAAAAAAGGUAAUUCAUUUAUUCCAAUUUUGAGUAUACCGUUGAAUGAAUGUCAGCUAAUCGAUUCAACUGCGGAUUCUUUCACGUUGAAAGGUAGGGCAUCCUUCAUAGAAUUUCAAAGAACUGCAUCAGGUCAACAUCACUCUCGUUCCAAGUCAACCCCAUAUAAACUGGAACAAAAUGCUUUGCCAAAUGCAUCUGCGGCUAAAAAGUCUACUUUUUCAAAAUUAUUGAGACCAGUAAAGUCAAAACACCAAAAGAAAGAAGAUCUAAUUAAGAAACAGAAAGAGGCUGAAAUUAUAGAUACAAGAAAGCAGGAAUCAACAAAUGGUGCCACUUGGACUUUUAAACCAAUCCAAGAAUCACCAACUGAUGAAGAAAAGAAGCAUUUCAAGAAGUGGAUUCAAGACUUAAACACUUUAACUUCUUUCAGUAACGUUAAUGAAAGAAUUAAAUUUCUUGAUGAAAGGAUCCUAAAGGGAUAUCACCAAAGAUCAAAGAGUGCGGGUGUUAGACUAACAGCUUCCAAUCACACUCCCACCUCUGAAUUUAAUGGAAAUGCUUCCUCGUACUUCGAACAAAACUCUCCUAUGCAAACCAACCAAAGUGGGGGGAGACCUCAUUAUAUUCAACUACAAAAUACGAACAACCCUUCUUCAAUUGAACUAAAUUUCCGCUCAAGAAUAAACACACCUGCGAUCGAUGAUAAUGGGAAUUUGAUAACCAUGGCAGAAAGAAGACCAGGCCCACUCUCUAAUGGUUCAUACUUCUCUUACUCUCCAUCACAUUCGGGAACAUAUACUCCAGCUUUGUCCCCAAAUUAUUCAUUCAACUCGGAUGGAUCAAAUAACAGCCAAUCUUCUGGUCAACAGCAAUAUGUAGUCAACACUCCUGCUGGUAUCUCCAUUACCAGUAAUGGCAUCAGACAGGUUCAUUCUUUAACUAAUAUUGCGCGUCACCAAAGAAAUGUCUCUUUACCAAAUUCUUUAAUGGCAAUGAAUAAUAAUGUUGUUUCAGUACAUUCUCCAAACAGUCUGAACUCUGACAAUAGUCAAGGUGGCUAUUUUGCAAUUCCUUUACACAGUGGCGAUCAACAGCAACAACAACAGGUUUCUCCCAAUCUAUCUAGAAUUACUACGUCUCAUAAUAGUAGCAUAAUUGUCACAGCCCCCUCUCCAAACCCGGAGGAACUGACAAAGAAAAUGACAUUCCCUCUUUCAAGGACCUCAAGCCGCGGUACAACGACAGUAGGCACAAGACAUGCAUCUAUUGGAUCUCAAAAUACCAUUCCGAAGAGUCCAGCCAACGACCAAGAAGUAAAAGAACAAUUACCUAGUCUCCCGCAUCUAAAGAAGACACCAAGUACUGGUAGUCUACCAACUAUGACGGUGACUGAUAAUGGUACUGCUCCUUCGGAUGCACCAUUUUAUCAAAGGGGGAAUGGGAGUGCUACAAAUUUAACUAGCUCAAGAGUUCACACCGUUAGAAAGCACAAGAAGAACGUUUCCUUUAGUUCAUUGAAUAGUUUAAUGUUCUCGAAAAAGAACAAUUCAGGUUUUGCUGGAAACCAAAUUUUACAUGGUGGUGGUAUACUCGAGGCCGAUGAUGAUGGUGACUCUGGUGAUGAAGAUAAAGCUGCUAUUAAACUCAAUAGAUCUAUUUACUCAUGA